AUGGCGCUUUCGGCACGAUACCACCAGCACAAGCCGAAUGUGCCAAUUAUUAUGGAAGAUGUUUUCGGAUGGGUGCGAGAGGGAAAUGCUUUUCAGGUUCGCUAUUGGUUAGAUGAUCACGAACACGAUCUCAACGUCGGAGAUGAUCAUGCAUUCUCAUUGCUUCAUUGGGCGGCCAAAGGAGGACAAUUAUCGAUUGCUGAUAUGUUGUUGGCACGAGGAGCGAGAGUGAAUGCGACAAAUAUGGGCGAUGACACUCCACUACAUUUGGCUGCCUCGCAUGGACAUCGGGGAAUUGUGCAAAAGCUAAUCAAUCGAAAAGCGGAUGUGAAUGCGGUGAACGAGCACGGGAUGACCCCAUUGCAUUAUGCUUGUUUCAAUGGACAUCAAGAUAUUGCUGAGGAUUUGAUACAAUCGGGCUCUCUUGUCUCACAGUGCAACAAAAUGGGACAGACACCGAUUGACGUGGCCACACCGAAGAUUCGACAAGUUGUAGAAGAAAUCUCACAAGAGAAUGGGCAAAAUCCACGAGAACGAGUCCCGAUUCGAAACGAUCAGACGUGGAAAGGUACAAAGAGUCGAACAAGAGAUGCCACUCUUUCACGAUACACAGGUGUUGAUGUUAGCAGUCUAAACUUGCUUUCGAAGAUUGCUGAAUCCCAUUCCGGAGAGCUUUGGAGAGGAAAAUGGCAAGGAAACGACAUUGUUGCUAGAGUUCUUGCGAUUCCGGAGGUGACCGCCAGGAUAAGUCGAGAUUUCCAAACGGAGUGCCCAGCGUUGAGAGUGUUCGCUCAUGCAAAUAUCUGCCCAGUGUUGGCUUGUGCAAAUCAACCGCCAUCCCUUGUUGUCAUCAGUCAAUACAUGCCAUUUGGCAGUCUUUUCAACGUGCUACAUGGGCAAAAUUCUGUUGUCAUCGACAAUGCGCAAGCGCUUCGUUUUGCGUUGGACGUUGCUCGUGGAAUGAGCUACUUGCAUUCCCUUGAUCCACUUAUUCUUAGGUACCAUUUGUCUUCAAAGCAUGUGGUUGUUGAUGAAGAGCUCAAUGCGCGAAUCAGUAUGGCUGACACGAAAUUUUCAUUCCAAGAAGUCGGCCGCAUCUACUCACCGGCUUGGUUUAGUCCGGAAGCCUUGCAACGAUCACCAGAUCAACUAAAUGUACGAGCUGCUGACAUGUGGUCAUUUGGAAUCCUUUUAUGGGAAUUGAACACCCGAGAGGUCCCGUUGGCCGAUCUUUCACCGAUGGAAUGUGGAAUGAAGAUCGCAUUAGAGGGUUUACGAGUGUCGAUUCCACCCGGCAUCUCACGUGCGAUGAAUCGUUUGUUGAACAUUUGCCUCAACGAGGAUCCCGGUCGACGGCCAGGAAUGCCGACCAGACGUUGGGGUGCCACCUCGAUAGACGAUUCGGCAGCAGCCACGUCACCAGUUCAACCAAAUCCAUCGAUUAUGGCAGCUGCUGCGAAGGAUUCUCCCAGAAUGCGCCGAUCCGGCAGACAUGCUGAGAAUGAAACGAAUCAAUGUCCAUAUUGUGCCUACGGCAUGAACUUGAUGACGAAGAAGGAGAAACUUGGUGUUGACAUGGAAGCUUCCGGAAGUGGACAAAAUGGUGCUAAGCCCCCGGGAAUGGAACUUUUGUAUGACAAGAAGAAUGAUGGUAGAAUGGACGAACUUGUUGAAGAAAUUGUAGAGGAAGAAGUCGUACCAUUUGAACAAGCGGAGCUUUUGAAUCAAAUGGUCCAAGAAGGAGAAUUCGUUGGAGACAAUGAGGAUUAUUCGCAGAGCAGUGGAGGUCGGCCGGAAGGAAAGCGGCAACGAUUAUUGAAUAUGUUGAGUGCUCUUCAACACAGAUUGGAGCAUUUGGCUGACGAUGAAUGUAUUGAACUUGUUGAAGGAAGCAUCGAACAGGUGGUCAACAAACUGCAAACCGCGACUCCAAAGAAG